AAGGACUUCUACAUACCUGCAACUCGACUACAAUGCGGCAGUGAGGAACGAUCUUGUCUACGCCAAAAGUCAGGCAACCAGCAUGCCUGCCCACUAGUUAAUCCUCCCGCACUUUCUCCAAUGGAGAGUUCUACCCAAACUGUUAGCCGCUUCCUCCAACAGAGCUCAGCCCUGUCCUACCCAUCACCCUUGAGCUUACGCCUAGACGAAAAAUGACCAGGCUCUCUUGACCACUGGAACUUCGGCCUUCACUUUGUCUGGUGGGAUUACUGAAACACACGAGGGAGCCGGCAGGCCGCAUGGACCGACGCUAGCGUGGCGAUAAUUUUGGUCUCAUUGAUUGAAGAAGUACAUGUGCGGAGGAGCAGCCAAGAUGACUGGACUUUGGACUUCUUUCUGCGACGCGAUCAUGGAGAACCGAACGUUUUUGGAGCAUUACGUUGCGUAUUUGACUUCCUGGAAAGGCUUUUUGGCUGUGAUAUUUGUUUCUACCUUGGCCUUCGGUGUUUGGAGAGAAAGAAGGAGGCGACUGCUGCAAGAACGAAAGGAGACCGAGAGGAGCGAAAAUGUGCCAGGAUGCUUUCGAUUUGGGAUUUAUGGGAGAUCAGAGCUCGAGGAUCAGUAUCAAGCACCUCUAAUCGGCAGUAAUGGGAACGAGAAACAGCGGCCAACAGUAAAGGCUAUCUUUGUGUAUCCGAUCAAGUCUUGCGGAGGAGUGGAGUUGCAACGAGCAGGAGUUACUUCGACUGGGCUGGUAUGUGAUCGGAUUUUCAGCUUCGCGCAACUGGUGCCGACAGAGACGGGCCACGAAUGGCGCUUCGUAACUCAGCGGGAGUUCCCCAAGCUUUCGCUACUUAAGACAGAAUUGUGGUUGCCGAAUCUGCAAGAGCUGGACGAGGAGGCAGAUGUCGAUCGAGUUGAGAGUUGGCCAGCGAAUGGUGGAUGUGUCGUCGUUCGCUUUCCUUACAGCGCCGAGGCUGGUGCUAGCUCAAGCACAGAACUCGUCACAAUAAAGUUGCCAUUGAACCCGACCUUCGAGCGCAGCACGACAAAACAGUAUACCGAAGAGCACCUCACCAUCUGGACAGACUGUCCGCUUGCCACGAAUAUGACAAAUGAGAUUCAAGCAAGUACGUUGGCCAAACUUGAACACUUUCUGGGUGCGAGGAACCCGCUGGGCAUCUUUCGACAAAACGACAACCAGCUUCGAAAGAUCUCGCGAAGUCUUCCAGCAGACCACCAAGGCGAAGAAUUCCGAGUAGGGUUUCCCGAUGCCUUCUCAGUACACAUCCUCAACAUGGCGAGCAUUCGGGACAUCGAUGACUUGAUGCCUGAAGGCAGUGUCGCCAAGGGACAGUUGGACGCGCGGAGAUUCAGAGCCAACAUAUAUAUAUCUGGAACGCCUGCUUAUGCCGAAGACUCCUGGAAACGAAUAGCAAUUGGCAACGCAGCAAACGAAGACACGAAAUCUCAAUCUCCUGGUGUCUAUCAUGCAGCGUGUCGAACAGCCAGGUGUAAUGUACCCAACGUGGAUCCUCAGACUGGUAUCAAGGACCGCAACGAACCUGGAGCGACACUACGACGCACACGACAAGUCGAUGAAGGAGCCAAGCCCCAUCCGUGUCUUGGAUUGUCGUUGAUACCUUUGUUCGACAGAGGAGUGUUCAAACUUGGAGAGGAGGUCGAAAUCCUCGAGACUGGCGAGCAUUUUUACGAGAAGAUGUUCCCUUAACAUUUAUAUUGGUGCCAUGGGUUUCCUGGCUGGACAUAUUCGGGCCUCUUUAUUGGCACGACAUCAGAGAGACAGAGACCACAUGGCAAGAAUUGUUUUGCGGGUUUAGCGAGGCGUAUUGCGUUCACGGUGUGGGCAGCAUGGGAUUUACUGCGAGGUGUACACUACAAGUUGUUUUGAAGAAUGGAAAUGGAAAUGGCAACAGCAA